AUGGCUUUAACUGUAAAGCAUCUCAACGGCGACACUACCUUUCUUCUCACUUUUUCACCAACCAGUUCCAGGCCUCCUUCUCCUCCGGCUUCUGGAUAUUACCAAACACCAGGGACCUUCACUAUCCUUAUCGACCCAUGGCUCUCUGGCCCCAGCUCCAUGUGGCACCGAAGGUUCCUGCUAUCCCAACAUACAAGCCCCUCAUGCGUCGAACACCUCUCACAAUUGCCGGAGCCCAAUGUGGUCAUCAUCUCGCAAGCAAAGCCAGAUCACUGCCACGAGUCUACUCUGCGCCAAUUGGAUCCGGAAUCGCCAAUCACCACUAUCCUGGCAGAGCCGGUUGCUGCUAAGAAGAUUCGAGGCAUGAGGUUCUUCUAUCCAGACAUGGUACAUAGUCUACGCCCGUACUCGGAGAGAGAUCCAGAUUCAGUCAUCCGAUUUUGCAUUCCACCCAUCGUGGCGGGUGGCACCUCUGGCGAAGCGACGAUAUCCUUCAUGCCAGCCAAAAUGGAUGUUGCCGGAGUCCACAAUGCCAUUGGCAUCACCUAUCGACCUCCUUCCACCACAAACACGCCCUCACGACCCUUCACUCCAAAAGUUGCCCCUGCACAGCAUCCUGCUUCUCUAUGUCAACACCCAUAUACCUCCCUUCCGAUUACUCCUCCAGAGUCACCAGUCUAUCGCUCCACCUCCAACACUAGCUCCACCGUCGGCUCUUCAGAGCUGAACAGCACUUUCUCUGCUCCCAAUCAUUCACGCUCCUUCUCUUCCAGCUCUUCUCUAUACUCGGUAACCCGCCGCUCAGUUCCCACGGAGAAGGCUCUCUCCGUGAUUUACAGCCCUCAUGGCGUCUCCUACAGCCUCAUCCGCUCCUAUGCCUCUUCGUUCUUGAUCCAGAAGGCCGCUCUUCCAUUGACGCUGCUCCUACACUCCUUUGACCGAGUUGAUAAUCCUUGGUGGAUGGGCGGCAACGUGGCGGCGGGUUUGCCGGGUGGGGUGGAAAUAGCCAGGAAUUUAAUGGCAAGAUGCUGGGUCAGCGCCCACGACGAAGACAAGAUCAACACGGGAAUUUCAGUGAAAAAUGUAAGGACGCAAAAAUUUUCGCAACAAGAGGCUAUGAGCGCUAUGGUGGAAGAUGGGACCAAGGUGCUGAAUUUGGGGGUGGGUGAGGAGAUUCUGAUGAGAUCUAGAUGA